AUGCAGUCGGGAAUCUCAGCUUCGGAGGAGCUCCAAGCUCAAUUCACGACUCUCCUCGAGACGCCGUCGACGUUCGGGCUACUCGUCAAGAUCGAAAAGGAGUCCCUCGUCCCGUUCGCCACACUGCCCAGCGCUGGGUCCUCGUUCGCCGAGAACCUACCGGCGCUGCAGUCCCACGUCACGACCGAGGCGGCCCUGUACGCCAUCCUGCGACGGUACGACGAGGCGCCCAACUUUCUGGCGGUGACGUACGUUCCCGACGCGGCUCCCGUGCGGCAGAAGAUGCUGUUUGCUUCGACCCGCCUGACGCUGGUGCGCGAGCUGGGCACCGAGCACUUCCGCGAGACCAUCUUUGCGACGACGCCCGAGGAGCUGAGCGAGCGGGGCUUCCAGAAGCACGACGACCACUCCAAGAUCGAGGCCCCCCUUACGGAGGAGGAGCGCACGCUGGGAGAGGUCAAGCGCGCCGAGCAGGAGGCCGGGGCCGGCACGGGCACGCGUGAGAUCCACCUCAGCAAGAACCUCAGCAUGCCCCUGUCGGAGGAUGCCCUGGCUGCCAUCAAGGCGGUCGGUGACGGAGAACGUUCGGUCACCAUGCUGAGGAUCAACGCCGACACGGAAAUCGUCGAGCUGGUCCCCGAGUCCCCCACCCCAUCCACGAUCGACGACCUGGCAAAGGUCAUCUCCCCGACGGAGCCCCGCUUCACCUUCUUCCGCUACGUCCACACGCACGAUGGCAAGGAGCAGUCCCCCACCCUCUUCUUCUUCACCUGCCCCGAGACGACGACGGGCCACAAAGCUCUCAAGUACCGCAUGAUGUACCCGCUCAUGAAGAGGGCCGUCAUCAGCGUGGCUGAGCAGGAGGUCGGGCUGGCCCUGGCCAAGAAGUUCGAGGUCGAGAGUCCCGGCGAGAUUACCGAGAAGUCCAUCCUGGACGACCUGCAUCCCAAGGCCACCGCCAGGGCUGGAUUCAGCCGGCCGAAGCGGCCUGGGAGGUAG